AAAUGUGUACUUAAGUGUAUGUAAAUGUUUCAUUUUACGCUGAAAAAAGUCUAGCUCUGGAGUUUAAAAUUUAAUCAGGCAGGAACAAUGAAGUGUCAGGUGAUGUCUCUCCAUUUUUAUUCUCUCUUUCUCUUUGUUGGAAGACACCUUGGAGGAUUAUAUGCAGAGGUGUCACUUACCCACUGCUGAAGUGAACUGGGCUGGAACAUGCCAGCCAUUCUUUAUCAAUGAUGCCAAACAGUUAUUUUAGGCAGAGAAUUGGAAGAGCCAUUUUUCCUGUUGAAUUUGCAGUGGGAAAUUGGGGUGAUUGAAUGUAUGCCUCAAACCCUUUGGUCCCAACAUUCCUCUCCCCCUAUUCACUGUGAUGAACAUUGUCCUGAGGGCUGUUCAUUCCAGUGGAAAUAUGAUUACAGAAUCAUCUGGGUUGAAAAAGGCUUCCUGAGGUCACCUGACCCCAUCUGGUAAACUUAACGAGAGAUUCCAACAUCAACUCUCCCAGAACAAAGCUGUUUGUUAACAACUCCCAUAUCCCCCAUAGACCCCCUUUGCAUUCUAAGUCUGUUUUCUCUUUUGUCCUUCAGUGAAAUAGAUUAUUAAAUUGCUCUUUCUGCUGUGGGGUGUGUAUGCCUGUACACACACGUCUGUAGAUCUUUAAGAUUAAUUUUGAUUCUUCCCCGCUGUCUUUUACAGCGCAUACACCCUGAGACCCCAUUCCAUUCUCUGUAUAUAGUAAUGGUUUUUGUGAAAAAUAAGAUGUUUUCAUGAGUAAAUUUCGACAUAGGAUGGGAUUAUUGCAGACUGUGUUUUUUAGCUACGGUGUGUGUGAUGGUUAAUUUUAUGCAUCAACUUGGGACGGUAGGUACACAGAUAUUUGGUCAAACAUUAUUCUGGGUGUUUCUGUGACAGAGUGUUUGGAUGACAUUAACAUUUAAAUUGGUAAACUUUGAGGAAAGCAGAUUGACCUCCAUAAUGUGGGUGGGCCUCAUCCAGUCAGAAGAAGCCCUAAAUAGAACAAAAAGACUGAUUCCCCUGAACAAGGAGGAGUUCUCCAGCAAACAGCCUGCAGACUGGAACUGCAGCACCAGUUCUCCUGGGUCUCCAGUCUGAUCGCCCACCCUGUGGAUUUUUGGGCUUGCCAGCCUCCAUAACCACAUGAGCCAAUUCUUCAUAAUAAUUCUCUUUCUGUAUACACAUCCUAUUGGUUCUCUUUCUUCAGAGAACCCUGACAAAUAGUGUGGGGAAAAAAAGACAAGUAUAUGCCCCAAUUUAUUUGGCUGUCUGUUUUAUAUUAAAGAGAUGGAAAGAUCACUGGAGAAGCCAUCAGAAAAUUGAGAUUCUGGCCCUAACUUUUCUAGCAAACUGCCUUUCAGUCUCUGAUCUAGUCACUUUCCCUCUCUGAGCCUCAAUUUCCUGUCUGUGGAAGGAGUUUCAGCACACGGAUUCCCAAGUAUAUGCUUCCACGAAAUACAAACAUUGAACAUUUGAGCCAACUACUGAAGACAACUUUUCUGAGGACUGCCCUGGUGCUAGAUAAAAAAAGACGCUGAGGCUGUACACAGGUAGUGCUGGUAGACGAUGCAAGCAGAGCAGAGAAAAAAAUCUUGAACAGAAGUAUUCCCUGUGCAUCAGGUAGAAUAUUCUAUUUUAGUUAAAUGUAAAAUCUGGGACGAUUAAAUGCCUGCAUGAAAACCUUUAGCUUCUAUGUCUUCUCAUCUGAGGGCAGAUGGUCUAACUUUGAAGGAGCUUAGAAUCUGUCUCUGCAUUGCAAUAAUUCUUAUUUUGUGCAGGAGUUGUGGGGUGGUGGUAGAGGCUUGGCAGCUGUGACAAGCUGAGGCCCUACAGCCAAACUGAGGGGUCCUGGCCCAACCAUUAGACAGGAAAUGCCUGACCCCAAGGACAUAUGUGCUAUUCUUGACCAUAAAGAUUGGAAAGAAUCUCAGACUAGCUCUGGCCAGUGGGGUUGUAAAUGGAUUUCUCUGUUGCCUUGGUUUUGAGCCUGUCUCUUUUUUCAAAUUGGGUUUCCCUCUCCAGGUAAAAAAGCAGUAACCACAAGGAGGAAACCAUGUUAUUUUAGCUUCUCCUGUCUGGAGAGUGGUCAGUACUUAGCUGCAGUAAUCUUUUAGCUCUGUCUGAAAUUACCGUGCACCUCAUGCAGCAGUCUGCCACUUGGGAGGUUGGCAUUUGGGGUUGGACAGUCUGGGUGUGUGACUGGGAAGUCAGCUGGCCCUUGGGAUGCAGACACAUUCACCCCGUUCACUGGAGGCAUCCCCUGCCAGUAUGGUGAGGUGGAGUUCUUUGCCCUUUUCAUUCUUUCUGACCACAGGCUCACCCAUGAGGAGGCAGGACUCCGAUGGCUGUAUCCCCUGAGAGGCUGGUUGACUGUUUACCCAGUUGGUGCCUGAAGACUGACAAAUGAUUAACCCCCCGGAAUCCCCGGUUAGACCCCAGUUACGGUCAUGAGUUCAGCCUUUAGAGCUGCAGACUUAAAUUGUUUUUCCAGCAUUCUACGCAGCCGGGCGCCCCUGCCGGACUCUGCGAUGGAAACCCUCCCUGGGGAGAGUGGUGCGCAGGGGCCGUGGGAAGUGAAGGGAGGAAGCACUGAGGGCUUCGGGGGAGGCGGGGUCUGAGCCGCGCCGAGGUAGGGAAGGGACCGCCAGAGCAGAGGGGACCGGAAAGGAGCUGCAGCCUGGAGGAGGCCGAGUGGGAGCCGCUCCUGGCCGGCCGCCUGGCCGCUUCCUUCCCGUGACAUGACAGCCCCGCCGGCCUGGCUCCCGGCCACCUGGCAGUGGCUGGCUGUGGCACAUGACUGCCUGUCCCGCCUGGGAGGGGGCGGGGAGAGGUCUGCUCUCGGGCGGUGGCUCCCCCAGCCUGGCCAUCCCGCCUGCCAAGGGGCCGCAGGUGGGCCCGCUCCUCUCCGGGGGUUACGCCCUGGCCAGCUGUCCCCUUCCCGGGGAGUGGGAAUGCCAUGGCAAGGAGCCAAGAGACGCUGGGGAGAGACCUGACAAUACCUCGGAGCUGUGUCACCUGGAGCUCAACUGGCUGAGCCUCAGUUCUCUUCACGUGGAAAACAGGGUGGAUGACCCUCGGUGCUCACCCGACGGAAUUACUGGAGUCAAAUGAGAGGGAUCCGCUCCAGUGCAGGGUCAGCUGCAUUGGGCAUCCCAACGGGAGACCACUGGCAGCAGGGGGCUGAGCGCCGCACUCCACCACUCCCAUUCCCGCCAGCAGGGGGCGUGACACGGAGGGUCCUGCGCACGAUGCCCCAGAGAAGGACGGCCGGUGGCUCAUCUUCCAGGAAGUGUGCCAGCUGCUUUUACAUUAACCUCAUAUGGGAUCCCUGGUCACCUCCCUUGUCCUGUUCUUCCUGGAUGGAACGAGAAGAUAAACGGGGCGUGUGUGAAGCCCAGGACUCAGAAGACAAGGGGAUGGGCUCUGAUUUUGAGAACUCUGAAGACAGGGAAGGGGACCCAGAAGACAGAGGAAUGGGCUCUAACCCACAUGAUGCAGACAAGAGAGAAUGCCACCUGGAGCAGGAGAUGGGCUCCAACCCACAGGGUGAAGCUCUAAGAGCGGACUCAGAGGAGAGGGUACUAGUGUCUAACAUCUGCACAGAGGGGCUGCUGAGCGAGGAAGAAGGGGUUGCUCUCCGUGAGGAAGAGGAUGACCAAGCUGGAGUAGCUGAGAUGGCGAUGUUCGCAGGGCUGUCUGAGUCCGUCGGCAUUUCCCGGAGCCCCCAGGAAGAGGAGGAAGAGGAGCAGCCGCCUCCUGCCGUGCUUCCCUGGAGGCGGCACCUCUCCCUGGGGAGUCGACACCGGGGUGACAAGCCCGCCCACCGCCGAUUCCGCCGGCUCCACCACCCCAUGGCCAUGGACCUCGGGGAGCUCGACAGCCUGAUGGCCAGCAUCAUGGACGCACCCACCAUCUGCCCCGACUGCGGGGAGAGCUUCAGUCCGGGCGCCGCCUUCCUGCAGCACCAGCGCAUUCACCGCCUGGCGGAGGCCGCCGCGGCCGCCAGCCUGGAGCCCUUCGGCUUCGCUGGCGAGUGCGCCGGGGUGGUGGGGAUGAUGGGCGUGGGCGUGGGCGUGGCGGGGGGCUUCGGGGCGGGGCCCGCGCUGACCCGGCCCCCGCGCGAGAAGCCCUUCCGCUGCGGGGAGUGCGGCAAGGGCUUCAGCCGCAACACCUACCUGACCAACCACUUGCGGUUGCACACGGGCGAGCGGCCCAACCUGUGCUCCGACUGCGGCAAGAGCUUCAGCUGGCGCGCCGACCUGCUCAAGCACCGGCGCCUGCACACGGGCGAGAAGCCCUACCCGUGCCCCGAGUGCGGCGAGGCCUUCAGCCUCAGCUCGCACCUGCUGAGCCACCGGCGGGCGCACGCGGCGGCCAGCGGCGCGGGGACUGCGGCGCUGCGGCCCUUCGCCUGCGGGGAGUGCGGCAAGGGCUUCGUGCGCCGUUCGCACCUGGCUAACCACCAGCGCAUCCACACGGGCGAGAAGCCGCACGGCUGCGGCGAGUGCGGCAAGCGCUUCAGCUGGCGCUCGGACCUGGUGAAGCACCAGCGCGUGCACACGGGCGAGAAGCCCUACAUGUGCUCCGAGUGCGGGGAAACCUUCAGCGUCAGCUCUCACCUCUUCACGCACAAGCGCACGCACUCGGGUGAGCGGCCGUACGUGUGCCGCGAAUGCGGCAAGGGCUUCGGGCGCAACUCGCAUCUGGUGAACCACCUGCGCGUGCACACGGGCGAGAAGCCCUUCCGCUGCGGCCAGUGCGAGAAGCGUUUCAGCGACUUCUCCACGCUCACGCAGCACCAGCGCACGCACACGGGCGAGAAGCCCUACACGUGCAUCGAGUGCGGCAAAAGCUUCAUCCAGAGCUCGCACCUGAUCCGCCACCGCCGCAUCCACACGGGCAACAAGCCGCACAAGUGCGCCGGCUGUGGCAAGGGCUUCCGCUACAAGACGCACCUUGCGCAGCACCAGAAGCUGCACCUGUGCUAGGGCUGCGCCCGACGGAGGCUGCGCA